AUGCAGCAGCAAGUACAGCAGCAGCAGCACCGGGAGAGCAGCAGCAGCAGCAGCAGCAACAGCAGCAAUAACAACAGCAGCAACAACAACAGCAGAAGCAACAAGAGCAGCUGCAGCAACGGCAACAAAAGCAAGGACAAAACCAGCGACAACAACAACAGCAGCCGCAGCAGCAACAGCACCGCCAACAGCAACCGCAGCAGCAGCAGCAACAACAGCAGCAGCAGCAGCAGCAACAGCAGCAGCAGCAGCAGGACGGACAGCGUGUGGGGAAGCCCGAAAGGAGAAUGCAUGCAAAGACAUGCAGCAGCCCCAAAGACACGCAGAAGUCCGCGACUUUGCGAGAGCGCCGCACCACCCAGUACACAAACACAGACCUGCAGCAGCAGCAGCAGCAGCAGCAGCAGCAGCAUGUGUUGGUACGCACGAGAGCAGGAGCAGGAGCAGCAGCAGCAGCAGCACAAGUACACGCAAAAUAGGUGCCACAGCAACGGCAGCAGCUGA